CUCUCGAUAAAAUCCAUAAUCACACUUUCAAUAAUCCCUUCCUUCCCUCGCUCACUCGCUUCACACUCCUCCCCUCUGACACCCUCAACCCCCCAACAGACCAAAGAAAAAUAAAAAAAAUGGUGCAGCACCCAGUGGCAGAAGCCAACGAUCAAAGCCCAUUUGGGACCCUUUCCCCCUCUGAAUUCUACGCCAAACACCAAGUCACCCACAAUUCCGAAUACAUCACUAACUCCCGGGGUCUCAAGCUCUUCACUCAAUGGUGGACCCCACUUCCCCCGACGAAAACUAUUGGCUGCGUAGCCGUUGUCCAUGGCUUCACCGGUGAAUCCAGCUGGUUCGUCCAAUUAACUUCAAUUCUCUUUGCUGAACAUGGGUUCGUUGUUUGCGCUAUUGAUCACCAAGGCCAUGGCUUCUCUGAUGGGCUUGACAACUUGAUAUAUCACAUCCCAGAUAUCAACCCAGUUGUGGAAGAUUGCAUGCGGUAUUUUAAGACUUUUCGCGAGACUCACGCGCCCAAUUUGCCGGCUUUUCUGUACUCGGAGUCCCUGGGUGGGGCGAUAGCUUUGUACAUUACGCUCCGUCAGAGAGGCGCGUGGGAUGGGUUGAUUCUGAAUGGGGCUAUGUGCGGAAUUAGUGCCAGGUUCAAGCCACCGUGGCCGUUGGAGCACUUGCUUUUCGUAGUCGCGGCGGUGGUACCCACUUGGAGCGUGAUUCCCACUCGUGGGUCGAUUCCUGAGUUGUCGUUCAAGGAGGAGUGGAAGCGGAAGUUGGGGUGUGCGAGCCCGAGGAGGGUGACAAUGAGACCACGCGCGGCAACGGCAUACGAGUUUAUGAGAGUGUGUAAGGAACUUCAAGGGAGGUUUGAGGAGGUGGAUGUGCCUUUGUUGGUUGUGCAUGGUGGUGAUGACGUGGUGUGCGACCCUGCGAGCGCCAAGGAGUUGUAUGAACGCGCUGCGAGUGCUGAUAAGACAUUGAAGAUGUAUUCUGGGAUGUGGCAUCAGUUGAUCGGUGAGCCCGAGGAGAAUGUGAAUUUGGUGUUUGGGGAUAUGGUCGAGUGGCUCCAAAACCGUGCUGAACGCUAUAAGAAGGAUGGGGAUGUGGCUCGCGCUGCUGCGAGUGAUGGUGGCGCGUGAUAUGUUCCUUGUUACUGGUAGGAAAACCUUCUUUCAGAUAAUUUAAUGUGGUAAUAUUUUAGCCGGUGCAGUCAUGGAUCAUAACAUGUACCCUGUGACCCGAGGAGAGGAUUGUGGCACUGGGCACCCUGUGAUUUUUAAUAUGGUAGGUGACGGAAUUAAUAAAGGAAUGGGACGUUGCUCUAAAAUUUGUAUUUUCUUGUGAUUUUUAAAGUUUCUUUUUAUUAUUAUUUAUGGUUGUAGACUGAAUUUGGGGAUUAAUUUGAAAAAGAGAAAUCUUAUUGAA